CUAUAAAUAUAACGAUAAUACUAAUAUACGGAAAAUUUUAUGUCAAUGUAGUUGUGGUAUUUUUACCCAAAAUUCUAAUGAUAAAAAUACAGGCAUAAGCGGACAAAAUUUUGAAUUUUUUGGGUGUUUGGCCUUUGCGGAAAUUACAAUCAAUGAAUCAACGAACCAUUACGGAAAAAUUAUGGGAUAUUUUGAACAUGUGAAUGAGUGCGUUCAAUCCGAUAAAACUAUUCCACAAGUAGUCGAACCUUUAGAAAUUAUAGAUACACCAAAGAAUUCGUCACAAGCAACACCGUUACCGGCUGUGUCACAAGAUGAGUCGCACGUUUCUGAAACAACUAUUUUACAACUUCAUCCUAUGAUUAAAGAGAUUACGUCAGAUUUAUUAAAAUCAUAUGUGCCUACAAAAUGGGUGAUGAAGGACAAUCAAAAAUUUGUUCAAAAUAACUGUAAUGGAUUAGUUAUUUUUGAAGAUUAUAGGUUGUUGAUUAGUCCAUCAGAUAUAUCGA